UGGCAUGAUGGGAGGCAUGAUGAUGCCGGGGAUGAUGAUGGGCGGAGGGGGCAUGUAUCCACACGACCGGCCAGCGCCCAUGUUUGUCGACGGUAAUGGCGGUCCGCCUGCCCAGCCAGAGCAGGGCGAAAUCACGGCCAUCGCCGGUGGAGUCGCGCCGGGCAUCACGCUCGUUGAGUCUGCGGAGCACACUAUCGUCGUGCAGGUUAAGGGCAACGUGUGUCCGUGGCUAUCACCGGGCGCCCAGUUCCCCGUCGAGCGGUUCCAGAUGGCGAGUACCACGGGGCUGAACCGCCUCAUCCAGGUGUGUAACAAUGGUGCGCCGGCUGACGACUGUGAGAAUAUGGCGGUUACGGAGUGUAUUGAGCUGGGAAAUGGGCUGUGGGAGAAGGGCCAGACGUUCAAGUACAACGAUGCGGUUUCGAGGGUGUUGACGUUGAAGGAUGCUGGGUGGGAUAAUAAGAGGAAUCGGCAAGGGGGCCAGAGUCUGCAUCUUUGGUCGCAUAGGAUUUAAGGUGUGAUGUGAGUAUUUUGGGUCGGGGCGCGGAGAGAGAAGAGGUGUUGAUGCUUUGGAUGCGACUGCGAUUGCGUGAGUGUCGAAGACCAGGGUGUGUUCUGAUCAUCGUGUACCUGCUUUUGUUUACUGAAGUAGCGUUCCAUGUUUACUCUGAUGGCGAAUUUGGAUGCAAGGCCAUGGCAUCAUAUCUAGUUUAGUACAUUUCACGACGGUGCACCCUGCAAGC